UUCCCCCUCUCAACUGUAUCUUUGCGGGUGACUAAUUGAAGGGUUAGGAUUGUCCAAUUGGGAGAAUUUGGGAAUGUUCAUUGAUAAUAGGACCCUCAACUCAAUCAUAGCCCCAAUUGGUAAAAGCUGAAAACGGAGGAUAUUAUGCAUAUCCUUUGGUAAAAAUCAUACAAUUAGUCAUCUGCAGGUAGGGUUCAACGAAUGAAUGGUUCAGAUCAUGUCCAUCCACUGGAUGUGGCUCAUCAUCCUGCCCAUCCACUGUUGGGCCCAACGAAUGAAUGGUUCAGAUCAUGUACAUGUGUGCCAUGCGUAUGCAUGUAGGGUGCUUGAUAAUUGGGGUACGGGAUUUUAACAUUGGACGGUACAACAUAAACGUAUUUUAAGGGUGAUAGAUCCGAAAUGCUGAGUCAAAGUCGCCAGUAACAGCUGCCCAACCAACAAACUUCCUGAUAUUUCUCCAUCUCUUCUUUUCUUUCCUUUGUAAAGGAAAAAAAAAUAAAAUCUGAGAGAAAAAUCCCGCAGAUUGAAAGGGAAAAAAUGGGGGAGAGAGUAGUGGGUGUGGCCGUUGAUUUCUCGCCCUGCAGCAAGAAGGCCCUUAGAUGGGCGGCGGAGCACGUGAUCCGAGGUGGGGACUGUCUUGUCCUCAUCAACGUCCAACCCGAAGGGUACUACGAAGAGGGCGAGAUGCAGCUCUGGGAAGCCACGGGUUCACCCUUCAUCUCUUUGAGUGAUUUCUCGUCCCCUACGAUCUCAAAGAAAUACGGGGUGAAGCCCGACCCUGAAUCUUUGGAUUUGCUCAACUGCAUCGCCCAGCAGAAAAAGAUUGACGUGGUCUUGAAGAUCUUUUAUGGAGACGCCCGCGAGAAGAUAUGUGAAGCGAUUGAUAAAGUUCCCUUGAGUUGCAUCGUCAUCGGUAGCAGAGGCCUAAGCAAGAUCAAGAGGGUGCUUUUGGGGAGUGUUAGUGAUUAUGUGGUGAACAACUGCUCUUGUCCAGUCACCGUGGUGAAGAACCUCGAAGGCUAGUUGUUCUGUUCUGCUUCCUCCUCCUGCAGAAUAAAUCCGUCAUAGUUUCAGGAAAUCAGGAUUUUUUUCAUUUUUAUUUUUUUCUGAUCGUGAUAUGGAGCGCCUAAUUCAUAUGGUGUUUGGAUGAAAUUCCUGUAAAUAAGAAAUGCGGUUUCUAUUGUAUGGUUGUUAGAAAUAAGAUUCAUCGGUUGUUAAUGUAAAUGAAUGGAGAUUAUGUUAAUUAAAUCCUUAAGCUUGUUCUCUGUUUGGAAGGAGUGUUUCCUUGAAUUCAAGGUUUCUGAUGCUUAUGGAGGCUCUGUGAAGCUUCCUUCUCAUAGUGUUUGUAGAAA